GGACGCGGUGGAAAAAGCCAGCCCUGGUGAUAAGAUACCAGCGGAAUCCUGCCCAGCCGCGUCAAUGGGGCUGUAAAUAAGCAAUGCUCAGAGGGGCGGCCCCUCUGCCUGGAUUCUGCCCCGGUGGGCGGACGCAUUGGGGACCUGGACUGUCCUGGCGAGCGUAUCCGAAUUCCUGAGCACAGGCAUCGUCGGCUGCUGACCUGAGUCCCACCAUUCCGCUGCCACAACAGCAGCGUGUGAGUCUGAGGCUGACCUCCUCCAGGGGCCCUCCUUUCUCUUUCUCUCUCUCUCUCUCUCUCUCCCUCUCUCUCUCAGGAAGACCAGUGGGAGAUGUUCACUGUAUCCUCCUUCACUGCCCGGGUGCUCAGGCGAGCGCCGCGAUGCUGGGGAGGGAGGCGAGCCGCGACCACCGUCAUCUCAGGGAACAAGACCUCUUUGCAGGUGCGGGAGAGGCUGAAGAGGGAGGUGGAGCAGAUGAGUGCCCGCUUCCCAGGAUUCCGCCCGGGCCUGGUGGUCCUCCAGGUCGGGGACAGAGAUGACUCCAACCUCUACAUCAGCAUGAAGCUCAAAGCGGCUGCUGAGAUCGGAAUCAACGCCAACCACAUCAGGCUGCCAAAGACUGCCACGGAAGAGGAGGUUCUAGAAAGCAUUGCUGACGUCAAUGAGAACCCUGCCGUCCACGGCCUCAUCGUCCAGCUGCCCCUGGACUCCGUCAACCCCAUGGACACGGAGAAGGUCACCAACGCCGUGGCCCCGGGGAAGGAUGUGGAUGGUCUGACCAGUAUAAAUGCAGGGAAGCUCUCUCGAGGCGACCUAGGAGACUGCUUCAUCCCCUGUACUCCCAACGGCUGCAUGGAGCUCAUCAGGCAAACAGGUGUGUCGGUGGCUGGGAAGAGGGCGGUGGUGAUUGGCCGGAGCAAGAUCGUGGGCGCGCCCAUGCACGACCUCCUGCUGUGGAACCACGCCACGGUGACCACCUGCCACUCGAAGACGGCCGACCUGGCCGCCGAGGUGGGCAAGGCAGACAUCUUGGUGGUGGGGGCAGGAAAGGCAGAGAUGGUCAAGGGGGAGUGGGUGAAGAAGGGGGCGGUGGUCAUCGACUGCGGAAUCAAUCACAUUCCAGAUAGCAGCAAGCCCAGCGGGAAGCGGGUGGUGGGGGACGUGCACUACCCCUCUGCCAAGGAGCGGGCAGGUUUCAUCACCCCAGUGCCCGGGGGUGUGGGACCCAUGACUGUUGCUAUGCUCAUGGAGAAUACGGUGCAGAGUGCCAAACAUUUCCUUCAGAAGUACCAGCCUGGGAAGUGGAACAUCACCUGCAUCAAGCUGAAAGUACAGACACCAGUGCCGAGCGAUGCUGUGAUCUUACGUUGCUGCACCCCCAAGCUCAUUGGCCAGCUGGCCAGCGAGAUCGGCCUCCUCUCCAGUGAGGUGGAUCUCUACGGGAAGACCAGGGCCAAGGUGAAGCUGGGCGUCAUAAAGCGUCUGCAGGCACAGCCUGAUGGGAAAUAUGUGGCAGUUACGGGGAUCACACCCACACCCCUUGGGGAGGGACAGAAGACCACCACACUGGGGCUUGCACAAGCCCUGGGGGCGCACCUCAACCUUAACGCCCUAGCCUGUGUGCGUCAACCAUCCCAAGGUCCAAACUUUGGGAUCAGAGGAGGUGCUCUUGGAGGUGGAUAUUCCCAAGCCAUUCCUUUGGAAGAGGUGAAUCUCCACCUCAGUGGGGAUAUCCAGGUUGUCACCACCGCUGCCAGUCUGGUAGCUGAUGCCAUUGAAGCAUGUCUGAUUCUCGAGGCCACGCAGUCCGACAAGGCUCUAUAUGAUCGACUGGUUCCACUGAAGGAGGACCAGAGGCAGUUCUCCCCCAUACAGCUCAGGAGACUGAAGAGGCUGGGGAUAGAAAAGACUGACCCUGUGACCCUAACAGAGGAAGAGAUUUCCCGCUUCGUUAGGCUGGACAUUGACCCCCGUGCCAUGGCUUGGCAGACAGGAGUGAACACAAAGGAACCUGGCCAGUCUCCUACAGGAAACAAAUUCACCAGGACAUUCAACAUCACUGUGGCCAGUGAGAUCAUGGCUAUUCUGGCUCUGAGCAAGAGCCUGGAGGACAUGCGUAAGAGGCUGGCCAGAAUGGUAGUAGCCACCACCCGCAGUGGACAGCCAGUCACAACGGAGGACCUGGGUGUGAGUGGAGCGCUGGCUGUGCUGUUGCGGGAUGCCAUCAAGCCAAAUUUGAUACAGACGCUGGAGGGGACACCUGUCUUUGUUCACACCUGCCCGCUUGCUGAUAUCGCCCAUGGCAACCCCUCAGUACUGGCCGACAAAAUUGCCUUGAAGCUGGUGGGACCCAAGGGAUUUGUGGUUGCGGAGACCGGGUUUGGUGCCGAUGCUGGCUUGGAGAAGUUUUUCAACAUCAAGUGCCUCUACUCGGGCCUGCGGCCAAAUGUGGUGGUUUUGGUCGCCACGGUCCGUGGCCUCAAGUUGUACGGGGCCGGGCCUGAAGUCUCAUCUGGGCUACCUCUGCCAAAGGAGUACACAGAGGAGAAACAGUCACUGCUGGAGAGGGGGUGUGGCUACUUGAAGAGGCAGGUGGAGAACACAAGGGCCUUUGGGGUCCCUGUGGUGGUGGCGGUCAACACCUUCAGGACGGACACGGACGCUGAGCUGGACCUUGUCUGUCGCCUGGCUAAAUCAGCGGGGGCGUUUGACGCCAUGCCUUGCUCGCAUUGGGCUGAGGGGGGCGCCGGGGCGGUGGAGCUGGGGCAGGCAGUGCAGAGGGCAGCAGAGGAGUCCAGCAACUUCAAGUUCCUCUACGACACGGAGCUCCCCAUUGCCGACAAGAUCAGAGCCGUUGCCAAGAGGGUGUACGGCGCCGAUGAAGUGGAGCUCCUUCCAGAGGCCCAGCACAAAGUGGAGCUUUACACAAAGAGGGGCUAUGGCAAUCUGCCCAUCUGCAUGGCGAAGACCCACCUCUCUCUGUCCCACAACCCAGAAAUGCGGGGGGUUCCAGCUGGAUUCAUUCUGCCCAUCCAGGACAUUGGAGUUAACGUAGGUGCAGGGUUCCUCUGUCCGCUGGUCAACGAGACGACCAUGACCCCGACCCCAGGGGUGCCUGAAUGGUCCUGUUUCCAUGACAUCGACCUAGACUCUGAGGCCACACAGGACAGUGACCGCUCCUAGGGAACACUCACCUGGUUCACAGGGCCUCUGCUCAGAGCUGACCACAGCCACUCAGCAGCCUCAAUGCAAAGGAACGAUUCCAGCUUCAUGACCAAACCAGACUCCCAGUGGACGCCCCAGUGGUGUCCUUUUAUCUCUGUCGAAGACUGCUUUCUUGCUUCUCUCAGCCCUGGCUUUGGCCACAGCCCAGCAUGUCUACAGCUGGGAGCUGUAGACCAAACAGCGAUCUUUCAGCGUGCUAUCCAAACUGUGUCGGCAUUAUGGGCAUGUUUCUCUGUAGCAGAUUCUGCUGCCAAGCGGCAUCUGUCCUGACGGAUGCAAAUGUAAACCGUGGUCCGGGGGGUUGGGAGCAAAUGCGUGCUAAUGCACUUUUCUGACCAUGUCCCCUUCAGUGGCAGCUGAUAGGUUUGACUCAACGCUUUCCCAAAUGAUUAUUAGGCUACUGCGUCAAAGCCAUGUCUGUUGAUCCUCAAGAGAGACAAAACAUGGAGCCUCCUGAUGGUCAGCGGUCAUUAGCCGCUUACACGACGACUCCGUCCUGUGACUCACUGAGAAUAGACCCCGUAAUUGUAAUGGAUCGCGUAAUUGCAAGGCCUGUUCCUCCUCUCUAACAUAGAGGAUAUAUUCCUCAGUGACAGCUCACA